GAUAGACUCCUCGAGUUGUGUUUCCGGAUUUUGCUUCUCUCGGCACCUCCAGGGUGUUAGAAUUGUUAGAAUUCAAGUCUUGGUUGUCCUCUGUUUGGGUUUUUCGCAUAGGUAUAAUGGCUAAGCUUGUGCCCAAGCGCAAGCUGAGGUCUCAGGGUCCUCCGUCACCGAUUGUGAAGGAGAAUGCGGUGCCGGAAGACGAGGGCUCUAUUCCCGAAGUGAUAUUGGCCGCUGACGAGAGUGAUUCUGACCCAGAGAUUUCUACAGAUGGAGAAGAAAGUGGUGAAGAUGACGAUGGUGAGAGCAUGGAUGACAAGGAGGAGGACGGAGAAGAGUUGGGGAGCGAUGACGAAGAGGAUGGUGAUUCGCAGGGGAGUGAGUAUUCUAGUGGUGACGAAGGAGAUGAAUCUAGCGGCGAUGACGAAGCGAUAGACGAGGAAGCACGCAACUACGUCCUUGAUGUCAUGAAAGAUUACUUAGGAAGUGCUGGACCACGGGAUGUUGAGGAAGCCGUCGAGCAUGAAGACCAAGGAAAUGGAGCCGGUGAAGCUAAUGGUCAGUCUGGAAAUCCGACCACAGCCGAGGAAAGCGAUUCCUCGGAAGACGAGGUACCAGACAGAAACACAAUUGGAGAUGUACCUUUGGAGUGGUACAAAAACGAAGACCAUAUUGGUUACACAAAAGAUGGUCUUAAAAUCAAUAAGCAAGCGAAGCGUGACCAGCUUGACACUUUUCUAUCGCGCACAGACGAUCCUAAUGAAUGGAUGAAGGUUUAUGAUGAGUACAAUGACGAGGAAGUGGAGUUAACUAAAGAUGAAAUAAACAUGAUUAGGCGGCUGCGACAGGGCAAGAUUCCUCAUGCAGAUGUCAAUCCAUACGAGCCAUACGUUGAUUGGUUUGAGUACGAGGACAAAGGACAUCCUCUAUCUAGUGCUCCGGAGCCCAAGCGAAGAUUCAUUCCAUCAAAGUGGGAGGCUAAGAAGGUCGUGAAACUGGUUCGUGCUAUUAGGAAAGGAUGGAUUAAACUGGAUAAGCCUAAAGAAAAAUCAGAGUUUUACCUCAUGUGGGGUGAUGACUUGAAGACGUCUGAUAAGGGUGCUAAUGGACUCGCGUACAUUCCCGCUCCAAAACCUAAACUACCCGGACAUGAAGAAUCAUACAAUCCACCGAUCGAGUACAUCCCUACAGCUGAAGAAAUUAAGUCUUAUGAUGCCAUGUAUGAAGAAGAUCGACCUAAAUUUAUUCCCAAAAGCUUUCCAUCGCUUCGUCAGGUCCCAGCUUAUCCAAACUACAUUAAGGAGAUUUUCGAGAGGUGUUUGGACCUCUAUUUGUGUCCGCGUCAGAAGAAAGAUAGGAAAGUCUUCGAUCCAGAGAUGCUCAUACCAAAGCUUCCCAAACCGAAAGAUUUGCAACCUUAUCCAUCGAUGUGCUAUAUGGAGUACCGAGGCCAUGGUGCUGCUGUUACUUCGAUGUCCGUUGACAGUUCCGGGGAGUGGCUUGCAACAGGUUCUUUGGAUGGAACCGUGCGGCUCUGGGACGUACAAUCAGGUCGGUGUCGGAAAGCAUGGGACUUCGGUGUCAAGGUCAACCAUGUGCAAUGGAAUCCUAAUCCGCAGAUCAACAUCUUGGGUGUCGCAGUGGACAAAGAUGUAGUGCUGUUACCAACAGAGUUGGGUGGAGAAGAAGUUACUGGUAAUGUGGCUGCCUUGUUGGCACUCAAAAAUCAGGAUGUCUCUGAAAAAGAUCCAGAAUCGUCACCACUAGCAACCUGGAGUAUGGAUUCGAAAUUUAAAAGUUUAAAACUUCGACAGCCAUUUGUAGUUCAAUCCCUAGCCUGGCAUCACAAGGGGGACUAUUUUGCCACUGUUGCCCCUGAUGGUAAUACAAAAUCGGUAUUAGUGCAUCAACUUACGAAACAAAUGUCUCAAAAUCCAUUCCGAAAACACCAUGGACGCGUAGUGCAAGUGUUAUUCCAUCCUCAACGCCCUUUUCUGUUUGUCGCAACAAAAAUGCACGUGCGGGUCUAUAAUUUGGCCAAGCAGCAACUUUCUAAGAAGCUAAUGACUGGGCUAAAUGAAAUAUCAUCAAUGGCUAUUCAUUCUGGAGGUGAUAAUUUGAUUUUGGGAAGUCAAGAAUCAAAGAUGGUGUGGUUUGACAUGGAUCUUUCAACAAAGCCCUACAAGGCGUUUAAGAAUCAUACGAAGGAUAUUAGGGCUGUAGCAUUUCACAAAACAUACCCUCUCUUUGCCUCCUGCUCUGAUGAUGGCACAACUAGUGUAUUUCACGGCAUGGUUUAUUCUGAUCUUCUUCAAAAUCCACUACUUGUCCCGCUUAAAAUAUUAACUGGCCACGAAACAGUCAACCACAAAGGUGUAAUGGACUGCUUGUUUCAUCCGAAGCAGCCAUGGUUAUUCACUUCAGGAGCUGAUUCUCUCGUGAGGCUAUAUUGUAACUAAUCAAUCUAGUUCCUGGGCUCCUGGACAUGAUGCGAUUUUGUGCGUUCGUUGAAGAGAUGGACUGCUCCCACUCUUCAUGUCUAGCCCCCCUCUUCAAAGACCGUCUGAAUUAUGCGACUUGACAUAUUGGCGACUUGCUCAUUUCUCUGCAUUUUUUCAUACUGAACAAAGCAGUGAGGUGCCAAUUCUGAGGUGACUUUUAGACCAGGUGAAAGUACUUUACUUAAUUCUCGCACACAUCAAUUUGAUUAAUGGAGUUUAUCCCGGCAACACAGCACACAUUACCCUGGCUAGUUCAUGGAAGGGCAGCAUCUCCCUGUUCACCAGAAUGUGGAGUUUCAUCCAUUUACUUAGCAACUAGAGAUUUGUUAGGCAAAGUAAGUGCCAGCAUUACUAGCUACAAGUGAUUCAGUAUUUGCACAUGCUUGGCAAGCGUUCCAUUGAUGGAAGAAAGUCUUCUACAGACGUAGUUAGGCAUUUUGAUAACAUUCCAGCUGCCCGAAUGUGGUAGCCUUGUGGUGUAUAAUAGAUGAUUCUAAGUGAGAUAGAAUUUGGUAAGACGGUUAUUCAAUGCAGGUUCUGUUGUUCUACUCUGAAAUGAAUCUGAGAUCAUCGUCAUAACUCAA